AUGUUCUAUUCAGAGACGCUUCUCUCAAAGACCGGGCCCUUGGCUCGCGUCUGGCUUUCCGCCAACUUGGAGCGCAAACUUACCAAGUCACACAUUCUACAGUCAAAUAUCGAAAGCAGUGUCAAUGCUAUUGUUGAUCAAGGUCAAGUACCGAUGGCGCUACGUCUGAGCGGUCAGCUUUUACUUGGUGUUGUCCGAAUUUACAGCCGCAAAGCGCGUUAUUUAUUGGAUGACUGCAACGAAGCUUUAAUGAAGAUCAAGAUGGCAUUCCGACUUACCAACAACAAUGACCUGCCCGCCAAUGUGGCUUUACCACCCGGCGGUAUCACUCUUCCCGAUGUCCUUACAGAAUCCGAUUUGUUCAUGAACCUGGAUACUUCUUCUCUACUAUUGCCCUCUAUCAACUUGGAGUCCGACAGCAAACGCCCUGGUACCAUCAACUUUGGCAGCCAGUUGCUUCCAGAUACACAGCGUCUUGCAUCCCAAGAACCAGCCCGUUUGGAAGACCACACUCUGCUCGAUCUCGACCUUGGCGAGGACGACGCCCCUCUCGAUCACGACAUCAGCAUUGAAGUUGGUCGAGAUGCCCCCCUUAUGCGACCAGUUGAGGAGGAUUUAUUCAGUGAAGAAGGAAAACUCAACGACGUCGACUUGAAUCUUGACCUUGGCGAGGACGAUGCUCCAUUGGGAGAUAUGGACAUUGGAGAAGAUAGCCGCGACAAUGUUGACCAAUUCCUGAUGCCUGAUGACCCUAUGGAUUUGGGUGAAGGUGAAUUCGACGUUCCAGUUGCAGCCGAGGCCGAAGGACGAUCACCCCAGCCAUCAGUUGACCGGUUCGCAUCUCCACAAAUCGAUGCUGUGGCCGAUGAAGACGAAGCCGCUGCGGAGGAACUUGAUGCUGCUCAGGAAACACAGCGUGCCAAGCGACGAAAGAUUAUUGGCCAUGACGUGGACACCCAGUUGAGCUCGGCAGCCAUCAAGAAGCAUCAAGAAGACCAUGACGAUAUUCUGAAGCCCGUUUCGUUCUUGCCUCGUGAUCCAGUACUACUCACGCUCAUGCAGAUGCAGAAGAAUGGCGACUUUGUGUCUAGUGUUCUCGGACAGGACCGUGGCCGUGGUUGGGCACCUGAACUCCGUGACAUGCUUUCCUUUGAAACUGUCCGGAAAGCUGGUGAACUCAAGCGCAAGCGCGAUAGUGGUGUGUCGGACAUGGAAAUCGAUGAGGCUAAUGUACCCGCUUUGGAUCUCGGAGAAGAUGAAUCCGCUAUCAACCUCGACGAAGGUAUCGGUCUCGAUACCACUCUUCAACAGGAUCAGAUCGAAUUUGGCGUCGAUAACGAGGACCGAAAUGGUAGUGAAGACGAAGGAUUACUUCCCGAUGACUUUGACGACACCAUCCACCCAACCGAAACUGGCCCAGUAUCUCUAGGUACUCAACAUGCGGUUCAUCUCCUUCGUGAACGCUUUGGAGGAUCUCAGGACGCAGAGCAAGCCACACCACAGAAGAAGGGUGUCUUGUUCCAGAGCUUGUGCCCAGAAAAGACCACGACGAAAGCUGAUGCGACCAAGAUGUUCUUUGAGACGCUUGUCCUUGCGACAAAGGACGCCAUCAAAGUCGAGCAAAGCCACAACAAUAUCGGCGGUCCUCUCCGUAUCAAGUCCAAGCGUGGACUUUGGGGUUCAUGGGCAGAGACCGAGGCCGGUGGCGAGAUUGCCGCUCAGCAGGAAAUCCAGGCCGCUGCCUGA